AGUAUUGACCUUUUGAGAACAUUUUCAGUGAAAUGGUCGUCAACAGGAUAAGUUUUGUUAAAAAAUCUACGCAGUUUAAUUAAUAUUUAAGAAUGUUUUUCCAUGUUUACGAGAAUUAACAAUUUAUCAGCAUUAUGGUAAGAUGAAAUACGCGCCCUCUAUGUUACAGUACUAAAAACGUGAUAUUUGUCUCGAUUUUCAGUUGGCUCUUUAAUUUCGGUAAAACCCAGUGAAUUAAUCUUUUAUUAAUCUCCCUAUGCACUUUAAAAAAUCAGGAAAUAUUAUUCGUAAAAGUUAUACUUUGAUAUUGUUGUUGCCAUAAAGUACGUAAGUAUUAAUAUUAACCCUUAAAAAUUAUUAUUUUUAACAUUUUCACCACUGAUAUAUUUAUAUUUCUUCCCCUUUGAAAAAAAAAUACAGUAAAAGAUAAGAUGACAAACAUUGGAUUAACUUUCCAUAAAACGAUUACUGGUCAUCAGAAAGAUGUCAAUUGGGUUUCAUUCUCUCCUGAUGGACAACUAAUAGCAACGGCUUCGGCUGAUAAGUCUAUUAGAUUAUGGAAAGCAACCGACUUUACCGAAAUCUCAUCCUCACCAUUGAUUGCUCAUACAUUUGCUGUCAACUGGGUGGAUUUUAGACGAGAUAGGGAUCAAAUUGCGUCGUGUUCAACGGACGGAAGGGCUUUGCUGUGGGACACAAAAACGGGAAACCAGCUUCAAACAAUUUCUAAUGGCAAUCAAAAUUCACUCAGGGUUGGUCGUUUUUCGCCUGAUAGUUCGGAACUAGCCAUCGGUGCAUCGGACGAAUCGCUAUCUAUAUGGAACAUAGAUAGAGGCAAGUUAGUCAGGCGAUAUAAAGGUCACGAAGCUACAGUUCUCGCUUUAGCAUGGUCGCCAAGUGGUCUAUUUCUUGUAUCUGGCUCUGCAAACGGCGAUUUAAGAGUAUGGGAUAGUAAAUACGGACAUUGUAAAGAUUUAGCUUAUAUAUUAGAUGCUCACGAUCUUGGUGUUACCUGCAUUGAAUUUUAUAAAAAGACUGAUUGCCCAAACGUAUACAAACUCGCCACUUGCGGAAUGGACCAUUUAGUUAAAAUAUGGCUGUUUUCAGCUGGACCACCUGGCACAACUGACGUUCAUGUUUCGAAUAUAACAACAUUCAAAGGUCAUGAAGCCGCCGUCAUGUGCGUAGCUUGGUCUCCUUCAGGAAAAAUUUUAGCAUCUGGGGGUGGAGACCAUACUAUCCGUCUUUGGAGUGCGGAUGAUGGAUAUCAAAUAAUCAGUAUUCUUGGACACUCUCGCUACGUUACCUGUAUUUCUUUCAGCCCCGAUGGUCAAUUAUUGGCUUCAGCAUCCAAUGAUAGGGCAGUAAAUAUUUGGGGCGUAAACGGCAAAAAAGAAAAACUUGAGAAGCUGGAAGUAAGUAGUGUUAGCAAGUGGAGUGUACAAGAUGUGCAAAGGUGGUUGGAAGAAAAUCGUUUACACAAUCACGUUAAUGUGUUUGUUCAAGAACAGAUUACGGGUGAUCGUCUGUUAAGUAUUAACGCUGCCACUUUAACGGAAAAUCUGAACAUAUCUAGCUUGUCGGAUAGAAUGAAAAUUCUCAGCCUACUAUCUGACUUAAAGCGGUCAAUACCCUAUAGGCCAGAUAAAGGGCAGAAGCCUAAUGGUUUAAAUAUAGACGAGUUUCUACUAUGCCCGAUAACUAUGCAACUCUUAAAAGAUCCAGUGAUUGCUUCUGACGGUUACACGUACGAGAGGGAUGCUAUACAGCAGUGGCUGUCAACUGGCCACAAUCGCUCACCUGUUACUAAUGAACAACUGGAAAAUACCAAACUUAUAUCAAAUAGAGUAAUCAAAAUUCUACUCGCAGAACAUGUUUCUAAUUGCAAGUAA